AUGGCUCCUGGUGGCAGUGCUUUGAAAGAAGCCGUAGAAACUAACUCGACAGGCUUAGAUUAUGAGGUUAAGAUGGCAAAAGUGGAGGCUAAUAGCAAACCAAUAAAAUCAGGUAGUGGCUCCAUUGGAAAAUAUGGGAUGCAUUCGAGUAACGGUGUUUAUGAGCUCCUCGAAUGUCUGGUUUGUACUAAUCUGAUGUAUCCUCCAAUUCAUCAGUGUCCGAAUGGCCACACAUUGUGUUCAAGCUGCAAACUGAGAGUGCAGAACACAUGCCCUACAUGCCGCUAUGAGCUUGGUAACAUAAGAUGCUUGGCUCUUGAGAAGGUGGCGGAAUCAUUGGAAGUUCCAUGCCGGUACCAAAACUUAGGGUGUCAUGACAUUUUCCCAUACUACAGCAAGCUCAAGCACGAGCAGCAUUGCAGGUUUCGUUCCUACAACUGCCCUUACGCUGGCUCUGAGUGUUCAGUGACGGGUGAUAUUCCAACGCUUGUUGACCAUCUGAAAGAUGAUCAUAAAGUCGAUAUGCAUGAUGGUUGCACCUUCAACCAUCGUUAUGUGAAGUCAAAUCCACAUGAGGUUGAGAAUGCUACAUGGAUGCUUACGGUUUUCAACUGUUUUGGAAGACAGUUCUGCUUACACUUUGAGGCGUUCCAGCUCGGGAUGGCACCAGUGUACAUGGCGUUUUUACGGUUCAUGGGAGACGAGAACGAGGCAAAGAAGUUCAGUUACAGCCUGGAAGUUGGAGCUCACAGCCGUAAACUGACAUGGCAAGGGAUUCCAAGAAGCAUCAGAGACAGUCACAGGAAAGUCCGCGAUAGUCAAGACGGACUCAUAAUCCCUAGAAACUUGGCUUUGUACUUCUCCGGCAGUGACAAAGAAGAGCUCAAGUUGCGAGUCACCGGAAGGAUUUGGAAAGAAGAAUAG